GCACACCGGAAUAAUAAUAAAAAAACUAGCUUUUCCCAAUUUUUAUUAAUUAAAGAGCGUGCAGCAUGAGUCAAAAAGUUAUUAAAUACAUUGGCCGCACCACCGACUUUCGGGGCAACACCUUAUGGGAAAUCGUAGGCAAUCUACCCGACUGGGGUAUCGGUCGCAUGGUCAUACGUAACAUGUUUCAACGCUACCCGGAGCCCUGCUAUAUGCGCAUAUUGAAAGUUCAAGCAGUGGACGAGCAGGCCGACAACGAACGCAAAGUGCGCGUCACUGUGGAGAAGACCUGGCGAGGAGUCACCCAGCCAAAGCCCGUGGAGAUCUACAGCACCAGCUAUAAGGCUGACUACGAGCUGGUGCCUAUAGACCAAGAGCACAAAUAUCUAGACAAUAAGAAAAAAGUGGGUUCUGUUGUGCUGCCAACGAAGAUUGAACUGCCGCCGCUGCUGCGGGAAUAUGUUAAAGAUGAAUCUGGUGAUCCAAACCCUUUGAUUAAUGUGCACUUCAAGAAGACGCACAAUAAGCAGGCACGUCUAGCCAAAGACGGCGAGCAGGCGACGCUCCAACUAUCGAUGGACAUAGGCAAGCCAACAAGCGUGAGCGCAAAGCUCUACGAUGGUUUGAUAUAAUGGAUGCAGUGCCUCAACUCGACACCUCUUGUUGCAUUAUUAA